AUAGUCGAGUUAUCUACAUGCAAGCUGUACUUAGUACUUUGGACUGUGUUCAACGGGUGUACGUGUCAAUUAUCCAGCAUGUCAGAUAACAUAUAGGCUAUAGUAGAAGUACAAAGAAGUAUAUCGAAAGGUUCUCUUCUGAACACCAGUCGGAAAAAGGCUGUCACGCAGAUCACAUAAAUUGUAUUAAAGGAGUGCGGUUGUCAUGGAAACCGAGGGCAAGGUGAUCAAGUGUAAGGCAUCAGUUGCAUGGGAACCAGGAAAACCAGUCUCCAUUGAGGAAGUGGAGGUUGCUCCACCUAAAGCCCAUGAAGUGCGCAUUAAGAUAGCUGCAUCAGGAGUAUGUCACACAGACUGGACUUUUCUGCAUGAGAGUGGGGCAAGUAUGGAUCCCCGGCCUUUUCCUUUGGUCCUGGGACAUGAGGGGGCUGGAGUGGUGGAGAGUGUUGGACCAGGUGUCACAAAGCUAUCCAAAGGAGAUAAAGUUAUUCCUCUUCUCCUGGCACAGUGUGGACAAUGUCAACGCUGCCUGAACCCAAAGACAAACCUCUGCACUAAAAACUGGGUACAAACUCAGCAGUGUCUUCUUGCAGAUGGCACAAGCAGAAUCACAUGCAGGAAUCAACAGGUUUAUCAGUUUAUUGGUAUCAGCACCUUCUCUGAAUACACUGUUGUGCCAGAGGACAAUGUCACCAAGAUUCACCCAGACGCACCCCUGGACAAAGUCUGUCUGUUGGGCUGUGGGGUAUCUACAGGAUUUGGGGCAGCAGUGAACACAGGCAAAGUAGAAGCAGGCUCUACGUGUGCAGUGUUUGGUUUAGGAGCUGUUGGGCUGGCAGCUAUCAUGGGAUGCAAGUCUGCUAAUGCUAAACGAAUCAUUGCCAUUGACAUCAACCCAGAUAAAUUUGAAAUCGCCAAAACAUUUGGAGCAACUGAGUUUGUAAACCCUAAGGACCACAGUAAACCUAUUCAGGAGGUGCUGAAGGAUUUGACUGAUGGCGGUGUUGACUUUGCUCUCGAAUGUGUGGGGAAUGUGGCAAUUGUGAGGGCUGCUUUGGAAGCAUGCACUCCUGCUGGGGGAGUCUGUGUAAUGGUGGGCUGGACUCCUAAGGGGGAACUUAGGCUGGUCUCUGAAGAUAUCCUGCUAGGAAAAACAUUAAAAGGCUCCUAUUUUGGUGGUUGGAAAAGUGCAGAAGCAGUGCCCAAGCUGGUGGAGGACUACAUGAGCGGCCGUCUUCUGCUGGAUGAGUUUGUAACACACACACUGACCCUAGAUAAAGUUAAUGAAGCUUUUGAUCUCAUGGUCAAUGGGAAAAGUAUUCGUACAGUGCUCAAGAUGUGAAAUGGACGUGACAUUUAAUCUCUCUCAAACAGAAGACUAUCCAUAUUCUGUCCUGUCAGGACAACAAAGGGAGGGUAUAAAAUUAGUUUUGUUGUUUUUUCACUUGACUGGUGCUCUUGUGUAUUUUUAAAAGCUCUUAUGGAAGAUCGUUUCUGUUCAGUUUUAUGUAAUAAAGCUAGACAGUUGUAUUUGA